AUGGAUUAAAAAUAGCUUAGAUCAGUACUUCUAAACCAUUUGAAAUCUUAGCAUAUUCCAAGAGGUAGCUAUCUUAAUGUUUAAAUAUCCAAAGAAGAUUAAACUAAAUAUAAUACUUUCAACUUUGAAAAUAUUUCUAAAUCGUAACUUGCAGAUUAAGGAGUAGAUAUGAAAGGGAUUAAAUCCUUUGGUAAUAUCUCUGUUCCAUAGUUAAGUAGAUAGCUCUCUCCUCUAUCACACCAAACAUAAUUGAAUCCUAAAAACCAAUAAAAUGAUUUUAAUGAAAACAUAAUCGACUAAAAAUUCAAAUUUAAAACUGUUAAGACAACUUAACCUAAGAUUUUCAUUGCAUCUUCUCCUAUUUUGCCCAAGUCUAAAACUAUCAAAGAUAAAAUAGAUGAUGAAAGAUAAGAAUUUUAUGCUUAUCUUAAGAGGAAAUGGAAAUCAAAGCAUGAUAUUCAUAAGAUAAUUGAAUUUAAGCAUGUGGGUUUCUAAAAGAUGUCAGCUAUUGGUUCAGCUAUUGAUUAAAAAUAUAAGAAAAAGUGA